AACGUCAAAGUGAAAAUUUUUCAACAAGAGAGAAGUGUUUCCAUUGUCAAAAUUUUAUUCCAAAUUCUUGUUUACCCAUUCAAUAGUUUCAUUAUUUGAUCAUGGCAUCAUCUGAAUGAGUCAUAGCCGAGUCCCAUUGUAAGAUCACGAACGAAAAUUUACGUCAAGAUUUGCUCCAUUAGCGUUGAAAGGGAGAACCAGUGACCGAGAAAAUAUGUUUCGAAGUCGCAGUUGGUUUGGUGGCUGGGCUGGCAAGCCAAAAAAUCGUCUGUCCCUGGAUCAUCUGAAGUAUCUACACAAUGUGCUGGAGCGUAAUCAAACCGUAUCGGAAAACAAUCGAGGUUUGCUGGUCGAAUCUUUGAGAUGCAUUGCCGAAAUUCUAAUUUGGGGUGACCAGAAUGAUUCGACGGUCUUUGAUUUCUUUCUCGAGAAGAAUAUGCUUUCGUAUUUCUUGCACAUAAUGCGACAGAAAAGUGGUGGCUCCAGUUUUGUUUGUGUCCAGCUGCUGCAGACAUUGAAUAUUUUGUUCGAAAAUAUUCGCAACGAAACGUCUCUGUACUAUCUACUCAGCAACAAUCACGUCAAUUCAAUUAUCGUGCACAAAUUUGACUUUUCCGACGAAGACGUUAUGGGAUACUACAUUCUGUUCCUGAAAACGCUCAGCCUGAAAUUGAACACACAUACCAUCCACUUUUUCUACAACGAACACACAAACGAUUUCCCGCUCUACACGGAGGCCAUUAAAUUUUUCAAUCAUCCCGAGUCCAUGGUACGGAUUGCUGUGCGAACGAUUUCAUUGAAUGUGUAUAAAGUGGAGAACCGAAGCAUGUUACAGUUUAUCAGAGACAAAACGGCAGCCCCAUAUUUCAGCAAUUUAGUUUGGUUCAUCGGAAAGCAUAUACUGGAAUUGGACACAUGUGUUCGUAACGAUACGGACCAUCAGUCGCAGAGUCGUCUGUCAAAUCUGGUGGCCGAACACUUGGAUCAUUUGCAUUACUUGAACGAUAUUCUCUGCUUGGACAUCAAAGAUCUGAAUGCCGUUUUGACGGAACAUUUGCUACACAAACUGUUCAUACCCUUGUACAUUCACUCAUUGACCCCAGCACCACCACUGCUUUCCAUGGCCUUGGUAACGAAAAACUUAGCCGCCGUACUGAAUAAAGUGGUCGAAAUUGACAUUCAAGAAAUCAACAAUCCACGAGUGUCCGGCGUUGUUGCACUGUUCCUGCUGUCGUUAGUUUUUCUCGUCAUUACCCACGGACCAUUGGUCCACGCACUGGCUUGGGUCAUUCUGAACGCCGAUCACAACGUCUUCAAAGAUGGUGCGGCUGAAGUGUUAAAUGCGUACAUCGAGAAACGAGAAGCGGUUGCCCUCGGAUUCAGUCAGCCACGAGAAAGCUUAGAAGAAGCACUGGAAAUAUCGGCGACAAAUUCAACCGCUUCCAGUAGUCAAUCAAACGAAGUGAACAGUUCGUUGGUGGUCAGCUGUGAAGAGGCAACUAACGAUUCCACACAGCACGUGAACAUCACCGACGAGGAAAAGGAACAGCUGAAAAGCAGCCUGUCGACAAUGUCAGAGUCGAGUCGACCAUUUCUGGACAUGGUUCUGUCGUCUUUGGACUGCAAUGAAAAUGACUAUUUGGCCUUGCUCGCUUUGUGCUUAAUUUAUGCUUUGGCGAACAACAAAGUUGGUGUUAAUGCCGAGUGGUUGGAACAAAUAUUAAACAAACGAUCAACCAGCUCUGCACUCUACAAAGUGACACUAAUCGAAAAACUGUUACAAAUCAUCCAUUUAUCAAGUCAACCGACCUGUCGCAUUCGUCUCGUUACGCUGGAGCUCACCAUCCGACUGUUCUGCCAAAUGAUUCAGUUAAAUAGCGCCGAAUGCUGCCUACUCGACACUCAUCAUAACGCAAUAUUUUCCGCUCGCAAUCAGAGCAUGACCGUGCUGCGCAAUUUCUACAAAUCUGAAGACAUUUUCUUGGAUCUGUUCGAAGACGAGUAUUGCGAGUUCAACAAGUCGAUGCUGAAUGUGGAGUUUCUGUGCAUGGACUCGACAAUUCUGUUACCGCCAACUGGUACACCAUUAACUGGCAUUGGUUUCACUCGCCGAUUGCCGUGUGGGGAAGUGGAAAAAGCUCGUCGAGCGAUUCGCGUUUUUUUCCAUUUACGGCAAUUGUGUCAAUCGGUUACAUACGACGAGGAGACAUCACUGCCAUUGACGAACCCAUGUAAAUGCGUUCAGAUUGACAACGUUCUGGAUCUGAAUAAUAGUGAUUUGAUAGCAUGUACCGUUAUACUCAAAGAUGGAACGAAAUUUCGUCGAUUCCUUGUUAUCGAUGUAUUGCAGCUGAUUCUGGUCGAGCCGGACUCGAAGCGAUUGGGUUGGGGUGUGGCGAAAUUAGUCGGAUUUUUGCAGGAUGUUGAAGUGCUUGGUGACAAAGACGAUUCGAGAUGUCUUCACAUAACCGUGCACAGAGGCGGCGCAACACCGAACCGAAAUCCAAUUUUGUCGGCUAAAUUUGUAUUCGACGAUCACAUACGAUGUAUGGCGGCGAAGCAACGGCUUACCAAGGGAAGGAGCAAAGCUCGUCAAAAGAAAAUGUAUCAAAUAGCGCAGCUCUUGGAGAUCCCGGGACAAAUAGGCGAGGGACAAACAUAUAGCAAUAAUAAUUUACGAACGGGCAGAACGCCACGACCUUUGUUCACGACUAUAAAUCGCGUACCCGGCUUUGCCGCUGCAUUGCGAAGAGACAGCAUGCCGUCUGGUAGUGUAAGCAGAUCGCAAAUGACAGCCAACCGCAGUGCAGAAAGAACAAAACCAGCUGCAUCCAGAGAGACGUCAAAAAGUCGUUCGAAUACUCCAUCCAGAGAUCGAGAUGGUAGUCCUCGGAUGCCACGACCUAGAUCCGAAGAAAUUCCGCUGGAAUGCUCCAUCCAGAUCGCAUACACCGUCAAAGUUGGCAACGGAGCCGAUUACUUUGGCCGCUGCGUCGUCGUCGUCAUCGUCGGUAGUGGUCGGUGCGACAGUGGACUCGAAAUCAAAUGAUCAAACUUCCAAGGAAACGUCGUUCAUCGCGCAUAAAUUUAAAGGCAACGUUGAGACAGUUUGAACAUGUUACAGUUUGUAGGGGAAAUUGCUGUGAUUUUUGUGACAUUAAAAAGUGAUUGGGAUUGAUUAA